AUGCCAAACGAUUCCGCAAAAGAGGAUUCAGCCCCCUCCACUUGUUCGGAGCACGUCUCCACCCCGCGAUCUGUUCUUAUUCCGGACGUAAUUCACCACCUCAGCUCGUUCGUCGCCACUCAAGACCUCCGGGAGCUCCGAUUAGUCUCCAAAUCUUGGAAUUACGCUGUCACCCCGGUCCUCAAGGCCAGGACGAAGACGAUCCUGAAACUCGAUGGUAAUAUGGCGGACAUUAAAGAGCAGCUGGAAUUUUCUCCAAUCAAUCUUUAUCUCCUAGUGGAACAUCCAAAUCAGCCAUUUACCCUAGAUCCUGCAACCUUUCCUUCAAUUCGGAACCUUAAAUCGAUUUAUUUCUCCUACAUUGCUGACCGACAUGGAUAUCUUGGUGUGCAAGAAGUCUGUCGAAAAAUCGUUCUCGCUUCGUCCGGCAGUUUGCAAGAAUUAAAAUUUGAAUGGGAUAACGAGUCAGACGUCCCUUCAUUUGAAAGCGCUGUCUUCCCAAAAUUAAGGAACCUUGGGACCGAUUAUUUUUCUGAUGAUGAUGACGCCAUAGUCAUCAAAAAUUUAGGACACGCUAUCACUCAAUCCUUCCCAAAUUUGGAACACUUGGCGAUAGGAGCUGAAAAUUUACAUGCGAUUUGGGAGUUAGGCCUGCUGCCAAAAUUUCCAAGGUCCCUAAGUUCCAUCACGUUAGACGGGCCAUCUAACUUAUUUGGCCUCGAAUGUCUGUUUGAACUACCCGGACGGUUGAAACGCCUCAUUUUUGAUGAGGUUCACCUCGAAGAGAUCGGCACGGAGAUGGUCGAGCUGCCCACCAUGUUUUACAAAUUGCUCAAAAAACACUCCCAAACUCUUGAAGAGCUUUGCAUGGACAUUUACUGGGAACUUUCCCCUUCCGAAGAUACGGACGGGUUAGACUGGAAAUUCCCGAUGUUCUCUGCCAUGAAAACGUUCAAGCUUUGUAGCUCAAAUUUCUUCAGAAACAUUGAGUUCGAAAACAGCCUGGGAUACUUUGGUGAGAUUGACUACGAAACUUGUUUCCCUGUUUUGGAAACUUUGCAUGUUUCCACCGAACAGCAUGACGUUGCCGAAGUGGCUUGUUUUUUUCCGUCGGGGGAUAUAGUCGUGGACUGGGUGAAAGACGUCGACAUCAAGAUUUAUACAGAAAGUGAUUUCGACUUUGAGCAAGCCAGCGUUUACACGAGGUUGUUUAAGAUUUUUCCAAACGCCAGGGAUUCAGUGGUUAAGCAGUUGAGAAAAUUACUCUUGGAGUAAUAUGUUUAAUGAUUUUCAGAGUUUUUUACAACUUUAUGUAAGUAUGUAUUACUUGAUAUAUAUUAUUGGAUAUGAAUACUUAUCUAUA